UUUGUGCUCCCCGCGAUGGGCCGCCGGCGAGCGACGCGCGGGUCAGGGGCGGAGGGCAGCCGCGUUCGCCGUCCCCAGGGCCGCUCUCUGGAGACCUUCGUCGAAGAGGUGGGCACCGCGCUGCGCGCCUCCGAUGAGCCAGAGACCGCCGAGGACGAGGGCGACCCGAGCCCAACCACUCUGCCCUUCGCGCUGGCCAUGUGGGAUCUGGGCCAUUGCGACCCUCGGCGCUGCACGGGCCGCAAGCUGGCCCGCCUGGGCCUGGUGCGCAGCCUGCGCCUCGGCCACAGGUUCGGCGGGCUGGUGCUCAGCCCCGUGGGCUCCCAGUAUGUGUCUCCGGCGGACAGACAGCUGGUGGCUCAGGCUGGAGUUGCUGUCAUAGACUGCUCUUGGGCCAGACUGGAUGAGACACCCUUUGGGAAGAUGCGAGGGAAUCACUUGCGACUGCUACCCUACCUGGUGGCUGCGAACUCUGUGAACUAUGGCAGGCCCUGCAGACUUUCCUGCGUGGAAGCUUUUGCUGCUGCCAUCUAUAUUGUGGGCUUUUCAGAUCUUGCUGUCAUUUUGCUGCGGAAAUUUAAGUGGGGCAAAGGCUUCUUGGACCUGAACCAUCAGCUCCUGGACAAGUAUGCGGCCUGCAGUGGACCUGAGGAGGUGCUACAAGCAGAGCAGGAGUUUUUGGCCUGUGCCAAGGAAGCCCCUGAGGAGGAGGAAAUUGACCCAUUUGACGUGGAUUCAGGGCGAGAGUUUGCAAAUCUCAACAGGCCUGUGGCUACUAUCCGGCUACCCACGAACACAGAUGAUAGUGAUGAGUCUGAAGAACAAGAGCCUGAAGACAAGGAUGGAGAAACUAACAGCUGCUCUCAGGAGGAGACUCAGGAACAAGGGGAUGAGGCCAGGGCCUCAAGUGAGAUUUAGAAAGGAAUCAAGAAACGGCCGAGUCUGAAGGUUGCAGACACAUUGUUGAAGCAAGGUAGUAAGGACUCCAGAGACAGCAGUGAGACACAAGGGUAGACAGGCCUGGCAGUGGUACCCUCUGCAGUUGUGGACAGUGUGGGCCUUGUAACACAGGGAUAGGCUUGCUGGGUUGGAGUUAUUUGGAGCCCUCAAUGAAGCUGCGGACUGAGAAUGA